AUGAUGCUGCCUAAGUGGCGGUCCUCAACGGCCUUUGUUACUGUCGUCGUCUGCGUGGCCGUCUUCACCGACAUCUUUCUCUAUGGACUGGUCGUGCCCAUGUUGCCAUUUGCCUUGGCCGAUCGACUUGGCCUGGCUGAGGGCGACAUCCAGCGAUGGAACUCCAUCCUGCUGGCCGUGUAUGGCGCCUCAAUUCUCCUGGGAUCAUUGCUCUUUGGCUGGGUGGGAGACCGGACGAAAACAAAGCAGCUCCCGUUCAUGCUGGGCCUGGUGGUCGUGGGCGGCGCAACGCUGCUUUUCUCCCUGACCACCUCGCUGCCUUUAAUUCUUUUUGCCAGGGUUUUACAGGGGCUGUCGACCGCCAUCGUCUUCACGAUCGGCUUUUAG